AUGAAGCCGUGCGAGGAGGAGGAGGAGGAGGUGGGGGCGGUGGCCGGCGGCGGGGACCCCUGGAAGGAGUGCGCGGAGGCGGCGGUGCAGCUGGCGCUCCGCGCCGGACAGAUUAUUAGGAAAGCUCUAACAGAGGAAAAACAAGUGUCCACAAAGACAUCUGCUGCAGAUCUUGUAACAGAAACUGAUCAUUUUGUGGCAAGUUGAAUUAUUUCUGUUCUGAAAGAGAAAUUUCCUUCCCACAGGUUUAUUGCAGAAGAGUCCACUGCUGCUGGUUCAAAAUGUGUCCUCACUGACAGUCCGACCUGGAUUAUUGAUCCUGUUGAUGGAACGUGCAACUUUGUGCACAGAUUUCCGACAGUGGCAGUGAGCAUUGGAUUUGCUGUUAACAAAGAGUUAGACUUUUCAAACAUGGAAUCUGCAGAGAAACACUUCCAUGCUUUUCUGAAAAUCUGCCUGGAAGCUGUUGAAUUACUGGAAGCAACUGCCUACAUUGCAGAUAUCUCGAAGGCCUUAAUUUUAACAGAAAUUGGUCCAAAACGUGACCCUGCGACUUUGAAAUUGUUCCUUGGAAACAUUGAGAGAUUGCUCAAGGCCCAAGCACACGGGGUCCGUGUGAUCGGGAGCUCAACCCUGGCCCUGUGCCAUUUGGCGUCCGGUGCUGCAGACGCCUAUUACCAGUUUGGGUUACACUGCUGGGACUUGGCAGCAGCCACUGUCAUUAUUAGAGAGGCAGGUGGCACCGUGAUAGACACUUCAGGGGGACCGCUGGAUCUGAUGUCCUGCCGAGUGAUUGCUGCGGGCACCAGAGAGAUGGCUGUGUUCACAGCUCAGGAAUUACAAACCAUUCACUACAGACGGGAUGAUGAAAACUAA